AUGCUUCCCUCAUCACCUGAUUUUCUUUCUUCAUUUGAUCCUGCUCUUCAGCUCCACUCUGAAGACCCCAACACCACGCUCAACCCACCAUCGGAGCUGUUCGAGUCGUUCUCCGACGAUAUUGAGGCAAUCCACCAGCACCGCGUGGAACAGACCCGCAAUAAAGUCGUGAUCCAACACCGCUCCUGGAACCUGUCAGAGGUGUUUCGCAGUGACGACGAUAUAAGACCAGAUACUCCGACCAAAGCUACCCCCCGACCAAGUAAUUCUACGCAGAGUCGUAAUCUGCGCCUGUCAUUUCUUCCGUCUUCUCCUCCAACUACAAAAAUGCCGUUCAUAUCAUCUCCCAGCGCUGCAGCGGCCGACGAUGCGCAAAAAAGAAAAGCAGCGGAAAUUGAAAGUCCACAGCCUGGCGAGCCUAAGCGGCAAAGAAUCCUUGGAGGAUUUGUUGACGACGAGGAUGAUGAUGAUGAAAAUGAGGAUCUUGCCGCCUUCAGAGACGAAGAACUGAAAACCCAGUUUGAGUUGCAAGAAAAUACAGAAUCAGAGCAGUUCUCAAUGCCUGCGCUUUCAGAGCAACCACCGAUUUCUACUCAUAUACAACAACCAACGACUUUCCCUCUCACAUCUAUAAACCCCGAGCUAGAAAUCGCAUCUCGGCCUGCACCAAAAAAAUUCCAGAUCAAAACAUGCAACGGCAAGACACACAGCAUUUCUCUGAAGAAGAGCCAUGUUUCUGUUUCAUAUGAGCAAAUGAUCGCUAGCCGGUCUGAAACAGAGCCCGGUAAAGCGAAGAAAAGCUACUAUGGGAUUGAUAUUCACCAGUUGCUAGAUGACGCGGCAAAAGAUAAAAAUUCUCCAAAGCCCAAACCAUCGCCUCAAGUCAACCCUUCCAUUGAAAAGACCGAGGGAGAUGCGAAACAGAAGAAGCUAGACUCAAUGAUGUGGACUGAGAAGUACCGCGCUCGAAAAUUCACAGAUCUCAUUGGAGAUGAACGUACCCAUCGUUCGGUGCUUCAUUGGCUGAAAGCUUGGGAACCGAUCGUGUUCCCUGGCUUAGCUCGUUCCCGAACGAAAAAGGCAGACCCCGAGGAUGGUGAAGAAGGGCGCAUGCAUCGGAAAGUUCUCCUGCUUAGUGGGCCCCCUGGACUGGGGAAGACAACCCUAGCGCAUGUGUGUGCAAAGCAGGCUGGCUAUGAAGUACUCGAAAUCAACGCAAGUGAUGAGCGUAGUAGAGAUGUGGUCAAGGGACGAAUUCGAGACGCAUUGGGCACAGAGAAUGUGAAGGGCUCAAAUGUUGAGAUUGGCCAGAACAAGGUACGAAGAGCCGCGAAACCUGUCUGCGUUAUAGUGGAUGAGGUGGAUGGUGUCGUUGGUGGAGCUGGUAGUGGAGGCGAGGGUGGAUUCAUGAAAGCCCUCAUCGAUCUGGUUGUACUCGACCAGCGCAACUCGAAAAAAUCUGCCGAAAAUGGCGGACAAAAUGGCAAAAAGCGCAAAGGCGACACUUUCCGCUUCCUUCGACCAUUGAUUCUGGUUUGCAACGAUUUAUAUCACCCAAGUCUACGGCCAUUGAGGGCCUCAUCCAUCGCUGAGAUGAUUCAUGUUCGCCAAGCGCCAUUGGAGAACGUUGUCCAGAGAAUCAAGACCAUUUUCGUUCGAGAAGGCAUCCCCUGCGACGGUGAUGCAGCUCGGAGGCUCUGCGAGGCAGCUUGGGGGUUAUCGGCCAGGAGACAGCGCAACUCUAAGAAUUCAGGAUCUGCCGAAGGUGACAUUCGAAGUGUUCUUGUCGUUGCCGAGGGAGUGGCGCACAAGCUUCGAAACGAACGCCAGGAUUCGCUGAGAUUGACUAGAAACUGGCUGGAACAACGAGUCCUAAGCGCGUCAACUGAAGGUGGUUCAUUCACCAAAGAAAUGAGCCGCGGAGGUGUUCGUGAAAUUGUGAACCGAGUCUUUACUGAAGCCGCAGGGUUUACAGAUGCGCCUGUUGGCAAGGACUCCUUCCAAGACCGAUUCAGUGGACCCAAUAGCCGGGUCCCUGUUGGCGUUGCCGAUUUGCGAAAACGACAUGGCAUCAAUCGCUUAAGAGAGAUGAUCGAUUCUAGCGGCGAGCAUGACCGAUGUGUCAACGACUGCUUUGCCUCGUAUCCCAUUCAAGAGUAUCAAGACGAUACCUUCCUGUCCAAACCAAACGCCGCCUACGAUUGGCUUCACUUCCAUGACAUGAUAUCUUCCAAAGUACAUUCCUCUCAAGAAUGGGAGUUAUAUCCGUACUUGAGUCAAUCGGUUCUUGGAUUUCACCACCUUUUCGCAACCGCCGGUGGUAAGACGGAGGCUGCUGGCCAUGACGAGGAUGACGAUGACGCCGAAGAAGAGCACCCCUUUUCCGGUCCCAAGGCAGACUUUGCUGCGUUCGAGACACAGAAGCAGAAUCGGGCUAUUUUGACUGGGUUUCACACUUCCUUCUCGGCACCACUUGUUCGUCUAUUCCGGUCACCUGAUAACGUGAUCGUUGAACUAGUUCCAUACCUAGUCCGUAUGCUAUCCCCAGACGUCAAACCAGUCAUUGUCCGAGGAACCGGCGAGUCAAGGAGUACAGCUAGCGUGCGUAAAGAAUCAGAGCGUGUCCUUGUUCAGUCUGCCGUGCGAGUGAUGGUUGGUCUAGGUGUUACAUUUGAGCAAGUCCGAGUGGAAAACGAAGGUGGAAACCAUGGUGGAUGGGCCUACCGGAUGGAGCCACCAAUUGAUUCGCUCAUAACAUUUUCAAAAAUUCAAGGUACCUCCUUGGCAAAUUCCAGUGGCAAUGCACCCGUCCGCUAUGCAGUCCGCCAAGCAUUGGAUCAGGAAUAUCGGAAAGAGACCCUGAGAAAGCAAUCCAGUGCGUUAAGCGCAUCAGCGAAGGCCGCCAGGGCAGCACUUGGUAAAUCUGCCACAGAAGAAGGCGAGGCUGCCCGGAGAAUCAGAGAAGGACUGGUCAAGCGUGACUUCUUUGGGCGGGUAAUCCAGGAAACUCCCGGGUCCAAGGACUUGGAAGAUGGAAGCCAUAACGAUGAAAGCUCGAAAGCUGGCAGGAAAGUCUGGGUUACCUUCCAUGAAGGAUUCUCAAAUGCAGUGCGAAAGCCAAUAUCAAUGGGGGAGUUGUUGAGUGGGCUGUGA